AUGAAUUCACAUCCAAACCAAAGAUUUAUUACUGAUCAUGGACCUCGGAUACCAAGAUCCGGCAGGGGAAGUAACAAGGCCUCUCAGGUCGUCAUCCAGCGAAAUCCUUGUACAGAUUUUCGAAUUGGAACAUGGAACUUAAGGACGCUCCUUAAAACGGGCAAAUUAGAAGAAGCCAAAAAUGAAAUGAAAGAAGUACAUUUGGAUAUCUUAGGAAUAUGUGAAACACGAUGGGCAGGGAAUGGCGAUUUUACACAGGAUGAUGUAUGGAUUAUUUACAGCAGAAGUGAAAAAAGUGGAAAAAAUGGUGUAGCCGUUAUCCUUAGGGGGAAGUGGAAAGAAAAUGUUCUUAAUACCUAUUACGUGGACGAUAGAACUAUGAUGAUCAAACUUCAAGCUGCGCUUACUAACAUCUAUACUAUCCAAGUAUACUUCCCAACAUAUAACAGUUCUGAUGAAGAAAUAAAUGUAAUGUAUGGUAAACUAGAGGAAUUAAUGAGUCUUACUAAAAAGAAAUCAUAUGUAUUUAUAUUAGGAGACUUUAAUGCAUCAGUUGAGGAGCAGACGUCAACAUCAAUCCACAUGGGGAAAUACGAAUUUGGGAAUUAA